AGGCUUUGGUUUGUCAUGAAUCAUAAUAUAUUUGAUGGAGUUUUCCCUUAAGCUUCCGACACUGCGCUAAUUCAUGAAAGAAAGAAACACAUAGAACGAGAUUGUCACAGUGUUUGGGAUGAGGUUAAUCAGCACUCUUCAUGUUCGUACUAAAGACCAACUCGCAGAUAUUCUAACUACGGCGUUUGGGAAGCCACUAUUUGAUGUGUUAUCGCCCAAGUUGGGUGUUACAGAUCUCCACACUCUAACUUGAGAGGAGUAUUUGGAAAUCAGGAUAAUUUCCAAUUCUUAGAUAUUCAUUCCAAAUCUAUUUAAGAUACAUUCCAGAUCUAUUGAAGAUAUAUUCUAAUUCCAAAUCUAUUGAAGAUAUUUUUCCAGUACUCUUGUCUGAAUAUGGUGUAAGCUGCAACAUUUGUCAAUAAGAAAGUCUUCUCAGCAUUUUGAAUACUCUAUUUACACCUCACAAACGGGUCCUUUAAUCUGAGAUUGUUGCAAGACCGAUUCUUCUUGAUCUUGAAAAUCACUGCAUCAUCUUUCUUCUUUUGACUUGAGCAAUGAUGACAACAAUCAUCCUUGACUUUCAGAAAUGCUUCAUCUUUAUCUUCCUAUGCUUCUUCUCACUACUCUGUUACACUAUCUUCUUCAGGAAGCCAAAGGACUUUCCUUUGCCUCCUAGUCCUCCUUCUCUACCCAUCAUCGGUCAUCUUCACAUUCUUCUCUCUAUUCUAAUCCAUAGAUCUUUACAGAAACUCUCCUCCAAGUAUGGUUCUAUUCUCUAUCUCCGCAUCUUCAGUCUCCCAAUAGUCCUUGUCUCCUCAGCAUCAGUUGCUUAUGAGAUCUUUAGGGCACACGACGUUAACAUCUCCUCUCGCGGAUUCCCACCGACGGAAGAUUCCCUUUUCGCUGGCUCUUUCAGCUUCAUCUCUGCUCCAAAUGGAGAUUACUGGAAGUUCAUGAGGAAGGUUCUUGUCACCAACCUUCUAGGACCUCAGGCUCUCAAGCGGUCACAAAGAAUUCGUGCUGAUGAGCUAGACAGGUUUUACAAUAACUUGUUCGAGAAGGCAGUGAAUAAAGAGACCGUGGAGAUCUUUGAGGAAGCGUUUACGCUCACUAACAACAGCAUCUGCAAGUUGAUCAUGGGGAGGUGUUGUCCAGAGGAGGAAGGUGUGAUGGAGAGUGUCAAGGGAUUAGCUACUGAGUUAGAUGACUUGUCGAAGACGAUUAUGCUGGCAAACCUAUUGCCCCCAUGGUUACAGAAGCUUGUUCUCUCACUGUUUAAAAAGGAAUUGAAGGUUAUUUUAAACAGCUUCAAUGAGCUGCUCGAAAAGAUUCUUGUGGAACACGAAGAGAAGCAGGGAGAGCAUCAUCAUGAUAAGGACUUGAUGGAUGUGUUGUUGGCAGCUUAUGGAGACGAAAAUGCAUCGUAUAAGAUCACUAGGAACCAUAUCAAGUCGUUUUGUGUGGAUCUUUUAUUUGCAGGCACUACCACCCCGGCUAUACCAAUACCGUGGAUAUUGGCAGAGAUCAUCAAAAGCCCCAAGACUCUUGAGAGACUGAGAGAGGAACUCGAUUCCGUGGUGGGGACGACAAGGUUGAUUCAAGAAACAGAUUUACCAAACCUCCCUUAUUUGGAAGCAGUGGUCAAGGAAGGUCUAAGACUGCACCCGCCGGAGCCUAUCUUCGAGAGAUUCUCCCAAGAAGGGUGUAUGGUAGGAGGGUUCUAUGUACCAGAGAAAACAACUCUAAUGGUUAAUGCUUAUGCUCUGAUGAGAGAUCCAAAUUACUGGGAAAAUCCUGAUGAGUUUAAGCCAGAGAGGUUUCUAGAUACAUGGAAAGAUGAGAGAAAAGAGCAAGCACUUAAGUACAUUCCUUUUGGAAGUGGAAGAAGAGGUUGUCCUGGAGAAAAUGUAUCUCAUAUUUUUAUGGGAACUGCAAUAGGAGUGAUGGUGCAGGGAUUUGAAUGGAGAUUCAAAGAAGAGGAAAUUAACAUGGAAGAGGCUAUUGUAGGACUGUCCUUGACUAUGGCUCAUCCUCUUAAGCUCACUCCUAUUGCUCGAAACCCAAACUCUCUAAUUCUCAAUCUAAAGAGUCGCGGUUAAUGACUUUUUUUAGCAACACUAAAAAAAAGAGAAGCAUGUCGCGGUUUAUUUAAAGAAUAAAAAAUAACAUUUCUAUAAUAUUUAUAUAUUAGGUGUUUAUCCCGCAUAUGCGGGUAUAAUCAGUUAACUAUCAUUGGUAAGUUAUUGUUUAUGUUCUCAGAAAUUUUAAUAUGUCUUUUCUUUCAUUAACAUUUUUUGGAAAUUUGCACAUGUUAUAAAUAUUUUUUUUAAAUAUUUAUAUACUAUAUUUAUUUAAUCUUAUAAAUAAAAUUUUCAAAUCACUGAAUAUAUAUUUUUCUAUUAUACAACAUUCAAU